GGCCGAAAAAAGGAAGAGUGGACAGUUUUGCCUUGAGCUUGCUCCAAGCGGUCUUCCUUCUCUCUGAAAAUCCGGCAGCUGAAAACUACUUCAAUACAGACAGAACCAUUUCAAGGCAAUAUGAAGGUCUCUGGGACAUCGGCAAUUUUCACAUCUUUUCUCGUGAUUGUGGACGCGCUAGACCUCAGACGAUUGUACGAGCAAUUAAACAAACGAGAAGAAAGGAUGCUGGAUAUCAAAUGCGAGGCCUUCGAACCCUUCCGUUGCCCAGUUGAUGGCAGAUGCAUAUCGAUUCAAUAUUUGUGCGACGGAGCACCUGAUUGCGAGGACGGCUACGAUGAGGAUCCAAGAUUAUGUACAGCGGCUCGAAGACCUCCAGUGGAAGAAACGGCAAGCUUCUUGAACUCACUUUUGGCAUCGCAUGGUCCCAAUUAUCUAGAGAAACUUUUUGGAUCAAAGGCCCGUCAUCGUCUACGUGACCUCGGUGGAGUGGAUCAAGUGGCAAUUGCUUUGUCAGAGUCGCAGACCAUUGAAGAUUUUGGAAACGCCCUGAACCUUCAACGAUCCGAUCUUGAGCAUCUACGGUCUGUAUUUUUGGCCGUCGAAAAUGGGGACAUUGGUAUGCUGAAGUCAUUGGGGAUUAAAGACUCAGAGCUCGGGGAUGUCAAGUUUUUCCUGGAGAAGUUAGUAAACACCGGUUUCUUGGAUUAGAUUACUGUCUUUAUUGUUUCCGUAUAACUCGAGUAUUUCUGCAGUGAUGAAUAAACUCCAAAUGUGCUGAAUUGAAAAUAAAUGUACAGUAUAUGUUUUGA